AUGUCGCUGUCUACUACUAUCAAGACCCCCAACGUCACCUACGAGCAGCCUCUCGGCUUGUUCAUCAACAACGAGUUCGUCAAGGGUGUCGAGGGCAAGACCUUCGAGACCACCAACCCCACCGACGAGAAGGUCAUCACCUCCGUCCACGAGGCCACCGAGAAGGAUGUCGAUAUCGCCGUGAAGGCCGCUCGCGCUGCCUUCGAGGGUGCCUGGCACAGUGUGACCCCCUCGGACCGUGGCCGCAUGCUCACCAAGCUGGCCGAUCUGUUCGAGCGCGACAUGGAGACCCUCGCCUCCAUUGAGGCCCUGGACAACGGCAAGGCUGUCACCAUGGCCAAGGUCGACAUUGCCAACGCCGCCGGCUGCCUGCGCUACUACGGUGGCUGGGCUGACAAGAUCCACGGUCAGACCAUCGACACCAACACUGAGACCCUCUCCUACACUCGCCACGAGCCCGUCGGUGUCUGCGGUCAGAUCAUCCCAUGGAACUUCCCUAUCCUCAUGUGGGCCUGGAAAAUUGGUCCCGCUAUUGCCGCUGGUAACACCGUCAUUAUUAAGACUGCCGAGCAGACCCCUCUGUCUGGUCUGUACGCCUCUAAGCUGAUUGUUGAGGCCGGCUUCCCUCCUGGUGUCAUUAACGUCAUCUCCGGUUUCGGUCGCACUGCCGGUGCCGCCAUCUCUAGCCACAUGGACAUCGACAAGGUCGCCUUCACUGGUUCCACCCUUGUCGGCCGUACUAUCCUGCAGGCCGCUGCUAAGAGCAACUUGAAGAAGGUCACCCUGGAGCUGGGUGGUAAGUCUCCCAACAUCGUCUUCGACGAUGCCGACAUCGACAACGCCAUCUCCUGGUCCAACUUCGGUAUCUUCUUCAACCACGGCCAGUGCUGCUGUGCCGGUUCCCGCCUGCUGGUCCAGGAGGGCAUCUACGACCAGUUCGUCGCGCGCUUCAAGGAGCGUGCUGCCAAGAACCAGCUCGGCAACCCCUUCGCCCAGGACACCUUCCAGGGUCCCCAGGUCUCCCAGCUCCAGUUCGACCGUAUCAUGGAGUACAUCAACCACGGCAAGAAGGAGGGUGCCACCGUCGCCGUCGGUGGUGAGCGCCACGGUACCGAGGGUUACUUCAUCCAGCCCACUGUCUUCACUGACGUGACCCCCGACAUGAAGAUCGCCCAGGAGGAGAUCUUUGGCCCCGUCAUCGCUGUCCAGAAGUUCAAGGAUGAGGCCGAGGCUAUUAAGAUUGGUAACAACACCAGCUACGGUCUGGCUGCUGCCGUCCACACCAAGAACGUCAACACCGCUAUCCGUGUCUCCAACGCCCUGAAGGCUGGUACCGUCUGGAUCAACAGCUACAACAUGAUCUCCUACCAGGCUCCCUUCGGUGGCUUCAAGGAGUCCGGUCUGGGCCGCGAGCUCGGCUCCUACGCCCUGGAGAACUACACCCAGGUUAAGACUGUGCACUACCGCCUGGGCGAUGCUCUGUUCGCUUAA